AUGGCUCCUCGCGACAAGGUCCCCGCCGAUGCCUCCGCAAAGCAGCGUCCCGCCGCGGCGAAGCGGGCGAAACAGUCUGGCAGCAUAGCUCGUCACCUUGCUUUUGUGUUCCUCGCUGCUGCACUGGCUGGUAUUGCGACACACGGAGGCGCGACGCGGCUGGUAUACACUGUUGACGAGCGUCGGCCGAACGCGGACUGCUUGCUCGUCAAGAGGGACCGGAUUGCUGCGACAGGAACCCUCGAGUCAGUACAGGCGGAAUGGGACAUCUACCAGACCGAGCUCAUUCAUAAAUUCUAUGGUGGUGAGCCAAAAGCGAAGAAGCCGCUCCAGGUCAUCCGGCCUCCUUCAGGUAGCAUCAUUGUACCUGGUCUGGCAGAUGCCCAUGCUCACCUCAUGUUGUAUGGCGCGAAAAUGCAGCUCAACCUCGAAGGAGCUGAAAGUAUCGACGAGGUUUUGGAUCGCGUUGAAAGCUACGUCACCAGGGAUCUUGCCACACCUGGCAGCGAAAUACGGUGGGUGGAAGGCUUCGGAUGGGAUCAGACCCGAUGGAAAAAUUGGAGAGGCGGGUUUCCUAGCAAGAGCGACCUUGCAUCUCGCCCUGCUCUAGCUGGCAUCCCAAUAGCGCUGUCCCGCGUUGACGUGCACGCGCUAUGGGUGUCUGCGCGUGCGCUGGAACUCGCUGAGGCUAGUCUGCCGGGUGGACGGUGGCCCGGCUCCGGCGAGAUUGAGGGUGGGGAGGUCAUGAAAGAUGAGAAGGGGGAGCCCACAGGUGUCCUGGUGGACUCAGCAAUGGGACUGAUACCUGUCCCGCCCCCGUCAGAGGCCCAGAUGACAAAACAGCUAGAACGAGCGGUUUCAGACGCUCUUGCUGUCGGACUGACCAGCGUCCAUGACGCGGCUGUGAGCGGACAGAUGCUUGAUGUAUUCAAAAAAAUGGCAGAUGACGGGCGAUUGCCCAUACGGAUCUACGCCAUGGCCAAUGAAGAAUCCUCCGAGUACUGGGGAGGGCGGUUCAAACGGCUCGAAGAUUACGGAAGGGAUGGCAGACUAAACCUCCGCAGUGUCAAGCUGUUCACAGACGGAGGUCUGAAGCAGACGGUGGCCAAAUUCUGGGAAGAUGGAUGGGGAGUGAACAUACAUUGCAUUGGUGACCGCGCGAACAAGGCAGUCCUGGACAUUUUUGAGAGCCUUCUACAAGGCAAUGAGUCUGCGCCGCAGCGACGACCGCGCAUUGAACAUGCGCAGAUCAUGCGCCUUCUGACGAGCGACAUGUGGUAUGCAGAGUCCCGUUUGUCGGCCGCUCAGAUAUUGCAUUCAUUGCCUAGGUCAUCACCGAACAAGGUACUGCCUUUGGGCUCUGACUUCCCCGUUGAGGGCAUCAAUCCGCUUCUAGGUUUCUACGCCGCAGUGUCACGGUUGGAUGUCAGGGGUGAGAGCCCCCACGGCUCUGGCGGAUGGUUUCCGUCGGAGCGCCUCACACGUGCACAGGCCCUCAAGGGGAUGACAUACGAUGCUGCGUUCGCAUCGUUCGCCGAAGAGGACCUUGGUUCGCUGAGCGCGGGCAAGAGGGCCGACUAUGUCGUCCUCGAUACCAACAUCAUGAACGAGGAGGGUGCAUUCGCGGAUAUCUUGACUGCCCAAGUGCGAGCGACAGUUGUAGACGGACAAAUAUUGUACGGGGGAAUCUAGACGGCCGGACGGCCAUCGCGCUCAUAGAAUCCGAAUGCUGUUUGUAUACAUCCUCCCAAUUGUACUCUUACAAGGCACUGUGCAAUGAAUGAGCCCGGUGAGAUGGUAUGAUACGUCCGAACGAGUAGGUGAGAAGUAGACUCCAUAAAAUAAGCGUAAGCGAAUGAGUGUAUGCCGAAUGCCCGAGAAGCGGAUGAGGUUGGGAAGAGAAAUGAUAUGUACAAGUCAUCGGCGUGCCCCCCGUG